AUGUCAAAUAAUUACAUUGACCUUGUCGCUGCAGAAGAAAGUCAUUACAGUUUAUCUUCUCAGCCGAGUGUUCAAGAUCAGAUGAAAAUGGAAUUUGGGACUGGAUCUGGAAUAAACGUGACGGUAAGGCGUGACGGGGCAAAAAAGACUAUGAAAGUUCCUAAAACAACAACAAUCAAACAACUCAAGGAAAUAUACUCGAAAGAUACGUCGGCCGCACUCACUUUCAAGUUCGUGGGGAUACUUCUUAAGGACGAGAAAACACUGGACAACUAUACAGUAGAGGACGGAGAUACCAUUGACUGCACUGUCGAUGAAAAGGCUAUUGAUCCUUCUCAUUUCGUCAAAUUAAAACUUCGUUACGACAACAAUAUCUCGUCUUUCAGAAUCUCGCCUAUUGACAAGCUCGAAAAGCUGUUCGUUAGAUUCGCAGAAAAGAUCGGAGAGGACGUCACACACCUCAAAUUUCUGUUUGAUGGGUAUACCAUUUCGAUGGAAGACACGGCAAAUUCUCAAGAGCUAGAAAACAACUUUAUUAUUGAUGUAAUCAAAUUUUAG